UAUGACGCGAUCUGGAAGAAGAACGAGCUCAAAGCUUCGCAACGUAUUAAUUUUAAAAACUUGUUUAUCAGCUACUAUUUUGCUGGGUUAUAAUGUUUCAGGUGCGUUUUUCGGGCUAUGGAUGUGUUCCGAUACCUUAAAGCUCUUUGAAAGCAUACUUAUAGUCACCGGGUUCAAUAUAAUGGUCAACAGUGUGUAUUUGCAUUUCAUAUCAUUUUGGAACAUUGCGCGAGGCUAUGAAAUCGUGAAUCAACGGAUGGACGAGCUUAUUCCGGUGACUAAGCCAUAUACGUCACUGGAAAAAGAGGAAAUAUAUCAGCUAUGGGCUUUGCACUCCCAUCUUGGCAGAGUUUUCCAACGGUUGCAAACGACAUGUGGUAUUCAAAUGCUGGUUUUGCGAUUCGACUUCUUUUUGAGGAUUAUCAUCCAUGGCUUCCACUGUUUCAUUUUUAUAUUUUAUGAUAAAGAGUCUACGCCGAAGGGCAUUAAAACUUUUAUAAUCACCUUAUGUUGUAUGCGCAUGGUGGGAUGUUUCCUGAAUGACUAUGUUAUCGAAUUAGCAACCGAGUAUCAGAGACGACCCAAGGACCUGAUCAUCGAGGGCAUUCUGACCAAGGAGCUUAGUGCUUAUAUCAUUUACGAAAGGAGCAUGCCGCUGAAUUUGAAGAUAGGAGGGCUCUACACCGCCAACCGGAGCAACUUUCUUCGAUUGUCUGAAGGUGUUCUUUGCUUUUUUAUACUCUUACUGCAAUUCCUACUGCUUUACACUAAUUAA